AGGCCAAACGGUCGCGCGGAAGAUUUGAGUUUUGUUUGAAUGGAAGAAGGCAGGGCUCGGCACCGUACUUUGAGGUUUUUAGCUCGUGUUUUAGCCAUGCAGAAAUGGCAGAAUCGCUAAACUCGUCGGAUUCGGACCGGUCGGCUCUUGACGACCAGUCCCUGUCCAGCCGGAGCAGCAGUCGAAGCCUGAGGGUCGCAGAGAAAGAGAGGAGGAAGAACGAGGCGGAGGAUCCGUUUGUUCUGGCCCUGAAGUACUUCUCUGUCGUGGAAGCAGGCACUCCUGUGUACGGGAAYGAUGAGUUUGAGAAUAACCUGGUCCAGGUGGAGAGGGUGGCCUACAGCAGAGGACUUUCCCCAGAGGCCAUUUCUGUCAUGUUGGAGUUUUCCAUGAGUCUCCGUAUGGGGACUGUUCCAUGUGCGCGGGUGCUGAAGUGUCUGAUUCCUGCCUCCGUGGUGCCACAGGAGGCGGUUGUUCGAGCAACAGUUUGGUUAUGUGUCGGCAAAAUACCCAUCAGUACUCAGGUAAACACCACCACAUGCAGCUGCCAGCUCUGACUCCURUCCUCAACAGAGAAGCUCAGGCUGAGCAGACGUCCAGCAGGAAGUUGGUCCCUCUGACGCACCUUCAGUCCUUCGAUCAGCUGCUGAAAAACAUUCAUCGAAUUGAGCUGCCCGCUCAGAUGGGCUCGCUCCUGGGUUCCAGUCUGGCUCUGCAGUACUUGGACUGCGUGCAGGACGAGUCCGUCCUCCUGCGCCUCAACUUCUGGCUGGGCUGUGCUCUGCACGAAGAGUUUUUGUUCAGCGGUGACGGAGGAGCCACCCAGAAUUCAGAGGAAGUGCUCCAGUUUUUGAACAAGUUGCUGUCUGCUCAGCACUUCCUCCAGGAGGGCUUCCCCAGUUCAGAUGCUUUUCUCUAUAAAUUCCUCAACGUUUGGGACGGAUGUCUGCUGCGUCCACAGAUCCUUGGCCUUCUGAGCAACAUUCCCGUCAUCCCGAGCUCACAGAUUAGCAAACUUCUGUUUGAGCCCCUCACACAGCUUUUCUUCACCUCCUCGCUGUUUUUCAAGUGUGGACUGAUGGAGUGUUUAAACAACAUGCUGCUGAAGUGGCUGACGUGGCAUUCAGUCUACGCUCUGGAGGACGACCUGGACAUCAGUCUGAACAGCCACACAACCAUAAACAUAACUUUGUCGGGGUUCAAGGAUUCAGUGAUGGAGCUGAUCCACUUUGUGGGUCGGUUGGCGUCGGUGGGCCUUCAGAUGGAGGGCUGUCACACCCUCCUCCUCAGCUUCAUCCUGGAUUUCUACGAAACCGUGUGCGACACCUUCCUGAAGUUCGGCCUCCCCCUGGUGGUGAUGCCUCCUCCUGGAGUGUUUUACCCAGCCUUCCUCACCACAGACCCGGUCAGCGUGGACAGACUAGCCCACAUCAUGCACAGGUACAAAGUGAACCUGACAUCAGCCAAGAGUCAAGAACGACAGAAGGAGGCCUUUCACAUCAGCCGUCAGAUUUUCAAAGAGUUCAACCACUGCGUCGUCUUCAUGGUCAACUGCCUGUGGAACUCCAGGACCUUUUAUCCCGGGUCGGACCUAAAGCUGGGAGAGGAGCUGCUCCUCCAAACCAAAGUCCCGCAGUACUGGUCCAGCUUCGACCUCGUCCACCACCCGGCCUUCCUCAGCUACGCCGUGGACUUUCACCAGCAGUGUUGGCCAGACAGGAAGGACAUGGACCUCAGUUCCAUAAAGCACUCGAAGCCGUGGAGCUGGUACCUGGAGUACCUGUUCAACCAGGGCUUCGACGGCCUCAAAGACUUCGUUCAGAGCAACAUCAGCCGACAGGUGAGCGCGGGCGACGCGCAGCACAGGUAGUUCACCUCGCCGCAGAAGGAACAGCAACGGCGCUCAUCUACACCAUCCUUUUAAAGACUUGUACAUAUUUAUCCCCUCGUCUCUUUUACUCCACCUGUUUCAUGUACAUACAUCGUUUUCAACCCUAAAGCACGUUUAGUUGCUUGAAUUAUGUGAUGUAAAUAAAAUCUUUGUGUUUUUGUUGUA